UAGCUGUUUCCUGGAAAUGUCUCUAUAUUAUCACAGCUGAAGUCCUCGAAUCCACCAUGAACUGGGCGUCGUUUUACGCGGUGAUCAGUGGUGUGAACAGGCACUCGACAGGCAUCGGCCGCAUCUGGCUGUCGGUCAUCUUCAUCUUCCGGAUCAUGGUGCUGGUGGUGGCGGCCGAGAGCGUGUGGGGCGACGAGAAGUCGGGCUUCACCUGCAACACCCAGCAGCCCGGCUGCAACAGCGUGUGCUACGACCAGUUCUUCCCCGUCUCCCACAUCCGCCUCUGGGCUCUGCAGCUCAUCCUGGUGUCCACGCCGGCCCUGCUGGUGGCCAUGCACAUCGCUCACCGCCGGCACAUCGAGAAGAAGAUCCUCAAGAUCUCCGGGCGAGGGAGCGCCAAGGACUUCGAGAACAUCAAGAGCCAGAAGUUCAAGAUCACCGGUGCUCUGUGGUGGACUUACAUGAUCAGCAUCGUCUUCCGCAUCGUUUUCGAGGUGGUUUUCUUGUACAUUUUUUACUUGAUCUAUCCGGACAUCAAGAUGGUGCGCCUUGUGAAGUGUGACUCUUACCCCUGUCCCAAUACAGUGGACUGUUUCGUGUCGCGUCCCACAGAGAAGACCGUCUUCACUGUCUUCAUGCUGGCCGUGUCUGGAGUCUGUGUCUUGCUGAACAUUGCAGAGGUUGUGUAUUUAAUCGGUCGGGCGUGUAUGAAAUAUUUUCAAGGAGCAGUGGGUGAACCCAAAGCGCCUUGGCUCACUCAAAAACUGGCAACCUACAAGCAGAACGAAAUAAAUCAGCUGAUCUCAGAGCAUUCGUUCAAGCCGAGAUUCAACGUUGGGCGAAAGCCUCCCACGGAUAAGAGCGAACGUUGCUCUGCUUUCUAGA